GUCUCUCUGUCACUCCCGUCCGGGGCAAGAAGUUUACAAGCGAAUGGAGCUCCACGGUCCACUUCAUUCUCGUACUGAGAUCUACCAGGCUCUCCAGCUGGUCUGCAUUGCUGCGAGUAGGAUUAUCUGCGCAACCGAUUAUGAAAGACUGGACUUGAACCGUGACUGAGAAAGCGGAGCGCUGUCGCUGUCACUCUGAGUCUGAACAUACCGGAGCCCGGCUCAUUGAAUGAGAGGAACCGAGAUGGCUUUGCGGCCGCCUCCCUAUUUCCUCGCAGCCGGGACGAUACUUCUGGUCUGGAGAACACUCGGUGGCCAUAGUCAACAUGUACCACCAGGCACUGUGGGCGUGCAGUCGAAUGGGAAUGGGCAAGAUGAUGCCUUGGGACACGGCAUUCCGUCCGUGUUGGAAGUCACCGCCAAUGGGCUCACGAGGCAACUCACGGUCCAGGCAGGGCGGACCGUGGCGUUCAGGUGCCGUGCUACUACGGGUGCUGCCACCGACUCCACCAUUGACACUGUUCGCAGCUGGCAUCGGUUGACUCCGGACGGCGAAGCUGCCGAUCACCGCCUUGUGCCGUUCACCCCGGACUAUGCCGACGUGCUGAUCUUUAGCUCUGCAGCGUCGGACUCUGGUUUGUAUGCGUGCUCUGCGUACGCAGCCAGCGGUCGCAUUGUCAAUGGCUCUGUCUAUCUGCAAGUUUUGGAGUCCGCUAUUGCACAGACUAGUCCUGCUGUAACCACUGCCACUCCUGCUGUGGACACUGCGAUCAACUCUGAGCUGAGAGAUGAUGCGAUUCGGCUCAGCAUCCUGCCCCACGGCAUUGCAUCCGCGCAGAACGGCAACGUGACGUUGCGCUGCGAGCACGGCAUUCCACACGGCACUGGUAUCCUAGAGGAGAAAUUCACCAGGUUAGAUGCCGGCGCUGUUGAUAUGAAGCGCUUCAGUCUCCUACGCAAACAAGUGGACGGCAUGCAGGUCGGACAUACUGGUGGAAUGUUUCAGCUGAAUAACCUGCAGCCCGAAGAUAGUGGGAUUUAUGGAUGCUCAUUGCAUACAAGUACCGGAGCUGUCAACGUGGCUGCCCUUCUUCUUGUAGGUGAUGUUACGGAUGCUCCCCAGUCCAUUGCUCUAGAUCUAACACAAAGCCAGCAUGAGCAAGCCGCACGCUACACUGUGGAGUGUCAGAUAUUGUCAGGUUUCCCAUACAACGUCUGGUUUGCCACCUCUGUCAAUCAGGCGCUCGCCGACAACAUGGACGCAGUCAAAGUCUGCUUGCCAGACACGGUAUCCUACCACGUGCGCAUCAACAUCACUGACACCAGGGGCAAUGUUGUAAAAGUCGUGAGCAAGACAAUACCUGCCCUCCGUCCUGUUACCACGGCGGAACUUCCCACUGAGCCACCCACGGCAGCACCAGCUGUAUCGGUACUGGCCUCGUCUCCGGAAGCACACCUGGGCGGAUCUGUGUCCUUCCACUGCCGAGUGACCUACUCUGGUGUGUACUCCAUCGCCUGGACGCGCCACACUGGUGCUGAGCUACCUGCGGGCAGACAUCGGCAGGACGGCGAGCACCGGGAAACACUCCACUUGUGGCGCAUCCAUGCAGGCGAUGGCGAUGGUUAUCGCUGCACGGUGCAAACCGCAGCUGGACUGAGUGUGUCGGCAGUUGCACAGCUGGCAGUGGACUUGUCCUACCUCCCCUCACCACCAACUCCGCGUCCGACUCUGUAUGGUAUACCAGUGUACAUUGAUACACCCACAGUGUCAAGGCGGCCCGGGGAGUUUGUGCGCCUAAGUUGUAGCUACAAUCACUCUAUGCUGCCCGGCAGCUUUGUCCGCGUUCACUGGUUGCAGGGGCAAUCCCAAGUGCCGGCGGCUCACCCGCGGGCCCGCCUCACCAAUCGGAAUCUAACGCUGACGGUACGCCGGCUGAAGGAGAGCGAUGCUGGCAGCUGGAGCUGUGUUGUUAAGGCGGUCCUUGCCGCAGGGCACGCCACGGCAACGGUGAAUAUCGUCAACGAGACCACGGCCAGUUCCGAUCCUCUACUGAUCACCUCGAAAGGUGGCUUCUUUCAGAAGGAGCUCUUGACUGCACGGUGGACUGUUGAUAGUCGCCAGCAAGUUGUCUCCGUGCACCUGAGCACACCACUGCAGGACGAGUGGCUGGGGUUUGGUGUCUCCAACGAUAAGACAAUGGUGUCCAUCGGUGAUAUUUACAUUGGCACCGUGCACAGGAAUGGCACAGUUAAAGUUGAAGACAGGUGGGUUAUACAACAUGCACAUGGCUCGAUGCCCACGCUGGAUGCUGAACAGAACGUGCUGAGCAGCGCCGGCUGGAGCAACGCGUCGGGAACCUCCGUCACGUUCUCGCUGUCCUGCUUCAGCAGCGACCCGUACGACCUUCCACUUGGCGGCAAUCGGCGUUACUUUUUCUUCGCCCAUGGGCAUCUUGACAGUGCAGGAUAUGCAUCAAUGCACUCUGCAGAUAGCCGCUGGGUUUUGCUGGAAAAAGUGCUGGUUGACUGUGGCUAUGGUGUUGUGGCAGCAGCAGCAGGCCACCAUGCUGACGAGUCUACUGUCUUGCCCGCUGACUUUGGAAUAGACGGUGCUCCGACGGCUGCCUCUGUCACUCGUCCAUCCGAGGAACACCAUACUUGCUCCGUACACGGCUUUGUUCUGGUCAGCGGAGAAGUCUGGAAAGCCAACAGCUGCACGUCGUGUACAUGCAUGGGCGCUGCGGGUCUGAACUGCUCCACUGUGACCUGUCCCGAGCUGCGCUGUGAGAAGUUUGUCACGCGGGAGAAUAGAUGCUGCCCCAUUUGCACAGAAAUGCCCCGUGCGCCUGCCAGGACCGAGGUCAGGUGCAGCCAGAGCCAACUUACCUGCCUCCGAGUGCCUCACUGUGUGCCGCUGGCGUCUGUUUGUGACACACACGUUGAUUGUCCCGACGGCUCUGAUGAGCAGAACUGUGAUGACCUAGGCAUUGACCUCACUAUGUACAGCCAGCCACCUACACCCGACUCGCUGGCAGCAGGCAGCUCGGCAAGCUCUGAGCAGCACUUCACUGUCCGCGCCGGGGCACGCGUUGAGCUCAAGUGCUCGGCUAACCGUCGCCCGUCACCUCGGUUAUCAUGGCGUCGGGCUGGUGCUGAGCUUGAACCGGGCACGGUUGCUCACCUGGGCCACGUCGAAACUCGUGCGACUGGCGUAACGGUCCAGUCCACUGUGUUCAUAGAUAGAGCCAGUGUGCAUGCGGUUGGCCUGUAUCGCUGCAACGUAGCCAGCGGCUGGCAGUCGGAAACGAGAGACGUCAUUCUCCACGUCAUUGACAACAAUGGCGAAGAAGUACUGCCGCAAUGUGUCGAUGCAUGGAACAGCACUGACCGUGCUGUCAACUCCGCGUGGCAUCAGCUACGAUCACUAAGCAGCCAAGACGUCCUGUCCACAUCGGCAGAUGUUGUGUUCAUCAUUGACGAAUCUCGAUCCAUGGCUGCGGAACGCCUGUGGCUGGCUGAAUUAGUCAAUGAUCUCGACCGGUCACUGCGUUCAGUUGACAUCGGAGCACACAUAGCUGCCAACCGAUAUGGUUUGGUAGGGUUUGGUGCCCGAGAGUUGAGCGGUGUAGAGUACGGUGGACGUGCAGUGCACGACGCUAACGGGAGCUUUCUUGUCGGCGCCCGUCAGUUCAGCGCCGAUUUACUGCCGCAGCUGCGUUCUGACGGCGGUCACGAGGACAGCUACAGUGCCAUUGGCAAAGCUCUGGACAGCAAGCUGUACCCAGCGCGCCAACACUCCACCAAGCUACUGUUUCUCAUUACGGAUGGAGAUCGUUAUGACAUGGAAUGGGAUCUAACUAAGGACUUGGUGGAGAGCAGUCUCAAGGCAGCUGGCGUCACACUGCAUGUCUUGCUCUACCUCAAGAUAUUCGACAAUGCAAACAGGAUCAUACUAGGAGCAACGCCAACUCAAAACUAUCAGUUGUUGGGCCCGCAAGGGAUGCCCACUCCUGUGAAAGGCUCUCUGCGAUUCGUGGCAAGGAACUCUGCUCCGAACACUUGGAGCGACUAUGGCCAGCUGGCCCUGAGUAGCGGUGGCAGUGUGUGGGAUCUCAGGCAGCUUAGAAGAGGCAUUCGCCGGAGAGAGGCGUUCUCCGCCGCUUUCAAGCAUGCUGUUGUCACAAGCACGGCGGAGCAGGCUUUGGUUUGUGAGGAAUGUUGGUGUUCUCCUCCCGGACAGACACUGUGCAACGAGACCACCGUCCAUCCCACAGAGUGUGCGGCGACUAGAGCUGUGCACACAGUGGUACACUCUGAACCAGUCGUUGUAGUAGACAAGCAGCGUGUUCUUGCACGCGCCAAUGGUCGAGUCCAACUGCGGUGUGCGGCGGAAGUAUUUGGCGCUGCUCAGGUGAUGUAUUCCUGGCUCUUUGACAACGGAACGCAUCAGCGUGACUUGUACGUUGGCAACGGCACUCUGACUCUGGCCGGAGUGUCCCGGCAUUCUACAGGACUGUAUACAUGUACCGUUAAUAGUGGCAGUGGCCGGGGACAAGCGUCCGCUGUGGUGAAGGUUCUGGAGUCACCGAUGUUAACCAGUAGAUUCUCGGCACAUGUGAAAGCUCCCGUGGGAACCUCUAUGGAGUGGGCAGCAGAGGUUCAGGGCUACCCGCAGCCUAACCUGACCUGGUGGUAUGAAGACAUUGGCACGCCGGUUCCCAGCGGCGCUGCACAGCUUGCACAUCGACUGGCCAUCAGCAAUAUCUCCGUCCAGCACCAAGGCACGUACAUCUUGCUGGCCAGCAAUGUUCUUGGCUCCGCUACUGUUGAGGUCUACUUGAACGUGCAAGUGAGACCUACUGUACUGGUGCAUCCACGGGUACUGCGUGUGUCGAAAUACACCCGCAUCGCACCCUACGCCCACAUUGCCACAUGCCUGUCGCCCGGCGAUCAAUCUGGAUCGCUCCAGUGGACCUGGGACCGGGACCCAGAGCUUGCGGCACACCAGCAGCCAUGGUCUGAGGGUCAGCUUUUGUUUGUGCCCUUCGCUCAGCCAACGCCCAAGGUGUAUACUUGUUCGCUGCUAUCGUCCAGUGGUGGCACGUCGGGAGCAGGUCCGCAAGGUUCUGUGACUGUCGUGCGAGAAGAUCAAGUGUCAGUGUACGUGCACCCGCAGCACUUGGUCGCGCAGCCCGGCCAAUCCGCCGUGAUUCACUGCGUUUCAAGUGACCCGCAGGCAGCUUUGACCUGGUCUUACGAGCCCAGGAGUACGGACCAGUCGGCCGACCUUCCAGAGCAAGUCGAAGUCAUGUGGAAUGGCAGGGUGCUUAGAUUGCGGAACGUCGUGGCUGAUCACGUCGGCCGGUAUGUUUGCUCUGUGGCAAAUGCUCGACACUCUGCAAAUACAGCCAUGGUUGCAGACGUUACCCUGGCUGGUGCUCCCGUACCGCCUCUUGUCGACACGCUAUCGUCACAAUACAGUGCUCACGCCACCAGCCUAUCGUUUCCAAUGCCUUGGUUGCUCUCCGCCGAGGAUGUCAGUAGCUCCGACGCGCCCCACCUGAGGCUGGCAUACAAACAAGCCAAUACACAGGCCACGCAGGCGUGGAUGUGGUUGCCGGAGCGCAUCUCGCCGAGCGAGCAGCGCACCGCAACCAUCUCCGACUUGCGGCCGAACACGCCGUACGAGGUGUUCUGGCAGGCCCGUUCGUCAGCCGGACCAUCGCUGCCAAGUGCGAUAAUCACAGCUAGGACUGCUGAACACCCAGAUGGUCCGAUCUGGCCACUUCCAUCCACGUUUCCUUCCCUUUGCACCGCUACGGCAGUGACCAUUGCUGCACCUCUUCUGAACCCUGAGGAGGACGAAAGGACUCAGUCCACUGCAGAGAUGAUCAGGUUUAGCUAUCUCGUCGUGGACUAUUCCACGGGCAUGCCAUCUGGUCACUCAUGGGUGAUGGUACCUGCCGACAGCGUACAGAUGCAGAUGCUGAUGACACCGGCACGUCAGCAGGUAGUCCAUAUCCAGGGAUUGACGCCUCGUACCCGGUACAAGAUCAGGGCUUGUCGUGUCCGCUCGGACCAGAGCUGCUCGUCGUGGUCCGCACCAGUAUCAUUGACCACAGCUGACCAGGGUGUACUACGGUGGCCGCACCCUGCAUUGGUAGAUGGCGGAAUAACUCCAACGACAGUCCUCUUCAACGUGCCUGAACCAGUGAAUGACACCAGCGCUGUGACGCUCUCUCACCUGUCAUUGGCUUACCAGAGUUACCAGCUGUCCACAGGAGACUGGAGUCCAGUCGUGCACUCAGGCGUGCGCGUGCCGCUUCCCGUUCGACCGGGCGCCACCGUCCGCCUGGGCGGCCUCAAGCCGGCUACGCUACAUCGUGUGUACGCGUACGGAGUCGUGUUGACGAAUGGCUCACGCAAUCCGUUCAACUGCCCAGUGACCACCAUGACAGCGGCGGUCGAUUCACCAUUCUGGCCAGGACCACAACUCGCAGUAAUCAGCGUGUCAGCGAGAAGUGCUACGUUCCUGCAUCCUCGCGUUGUUUCUGACUCAUCCCCAGUGGGGUUUUCCCUUCACCUUCGCCGCCGCCGCCAGCACCACCACCACCAACCCACAGUGGAUGUUGCGUUGGAUGAAAGCGAACCCGAGUGGCUCCCCUGGCCGUACGUCUUCACGAGCGCAUCACACGAGCAUCUGCUAAUUGACAAGCUUCAUCCUGAUACCACAUAUGAUGUCAUGGUUGUAAGAGGUGGGAAGAAAUCACGCUACCAAAAUGGUCAUACGCUCACCUUCCGAACACCCUUUCCAGACAACGACACAUCUGAACAGUUUCUGGUGACUGUCAUUGAUCACAAAACGACCUCCACUUCGGUGACGGUGCUAAUCCGAGCACGUCUCGAAGCAUCCGCACUGGGUCAUUUACCUGGCACUGGCAUAACGCAAGGCCGCUCCUCUGCCGGACCAGGCAUAGCCGCAGAAACCGAACAAACGAUUGAGGGCUUGCAAGCCAACACUCUCUACACUCUGCAGUUCCAGUCUGAGACGGCGGUGGCUGCACACGCAGCGCGCUUGUUAGAACAGCCGCCGGAUGACAUGGCAUCUGUCCACGUGAAGACUAUUCGUAUCGGCAGUCCUGUCUGGCCAGAGGAUUUCCUGGACGUGCUGAAAGUGUACUCGCGGGAACUUAGACUUCCUCUACCGGCUGUGAAGGGCCAGCGAUCGCACGCAACGUACUCGCUCUACAUGCGCCGUUACAACAUGAUGGAACUCUCGUGGACUGAUUGGAGCACAUAUGCACCUGCCGCGGAUCUCGGCGAUGAAUUCCGGCUGGUGUCGGUGAUUGGCCUUUCCCCUGACACACUCUACCAGGUAUUCUGGCUGGACGGUCGGGGCGUAGGCAGCCUGGCGCGGUCCCCUGUGCUGUCUCUAAGAACGCUGCGCACAGAUCGCCAGUGUUGGCCGGACUGGGCACUCAACCCAUCCAAUUUUACCUCAACCUCAGUGUUACUACAUCUGCCUCCCCUCGACAUACAAGACUGGAAUGCUGCCGACGCAGUGCUGCGCCAUCGUCAUAGAAACGCCAAUGGCAGCUGGUUGCCGUGGGUUGCCGUUGGAAACCUGUCGGGUCCACAGUUCCAGCUUUCCGGUCUGAGUGCCAAUCGGACAACACAGGUGCAGCUCAUCAAUCGGGGCCACGCUUGGCGACCUCUCGUGUCGGACGUCUUGACAUUCAAGACGCUUGAACCAGGUGCUCCUGUUUGGCCUGUUGGUUACUCUGUCACGAAUGGACACACUACUUUGGCAUUCCGACCACCUGCUCCCAGCAACGAUACAAAUACAACGUUGACGGUUGCCCUCUUGGAAAUCUCCGACAGACACAAGGAUGAAGUUGUCCACCAAGUACCAUUCUCACAGGUUGUGGAAAUCUCUCACCUGCCGGUGGGCUACCGUAAAAGAUAUCGGAUUAGAGUUCGCUACCCGGGUACGCCUUUCACGUCACCUAUCACACUGUCUACAGAACAAACAGCUUUUACUACGCGGCUAGAGGCGCAAGUUUACAGUGUCAGUCUGGGCCCACGCUCGGUUACACUUACCCUCCCCUGGCGCCUCAGCACCGAUAUUCUUAAUCGCACGGCUUACGAUACAUGGCUUGUUCAGUACGGCACAUCUCCAUAUGGACUCGUGACGAGCGGCAUGAGCAACGUGGAGAUUGGCAUAAGUGCACGUGCUAUUACGCUAUCUGGCUUGAUGCCCGGAACCCGGUACGUGGCAAACGUGCGGGCGAAACACAGCAGCUCCGGACAACUUUCUCCGCCGGCUGUGGUGGUGUUUACAACGGCCGCCGCUGCUGGUUCAUCCACGCCACCGUACUGGACGCGAUACCCUGUGUCUUCGGAGCACAUUACGUCCACGUCUGUGUCUCUAUAUCAACCAGUGCUCACGAGUACGAGUGACACACAGGCUGAAUAUGUCGUUGGAGUGAGCAGAGCUGCUAACUCAAACACUAGCCAAAAACUGCCCAUGGAGACCAUACAUAAUGUGUUGCGGGAUUCUAGAGGCCUGAUCACCUUGUCGGAUCUAUCCCCUCGGGCCAAGUACACAGUGCGAGUACGGCGUCCGGGUUUGCCACAGUCGCACUGGUCUGCACCGAUCGUAGUGCAGACACUUGCCACAGAAAGUCCCGUGUGGCCGGAGGAUGCACUUCUUGAGCACCACGCUCUGCCCAUGUCCGGCAUACUACGGCUACCUCGUUCAGUUUGGCAUGCCAACACCAGCCAGGGCGCUCAAGUACGCUUGCGUCGGUUGUCCGAUGCCUAUGGGCAAUGGCCGAGGGGCCAUCAGGCUUUUCUGAAUGUGUUUCCUUUGGAGCAAUUCACGAGCAAUCGCCAGUACUUGGUCUUGACGGACUUGGAGCCGGCUUCUGCCUACGCCGUUGCAGUGGGCAUACCGGACGCAGCAGGGUCUGAUAUGCUCUGGUCAGCAGAGCUGGUGCUUGCAACGUUAUCCACAGCCAGUCCAGUGUGGCCGGAGCCACCGGAGGACUACCACCUGAGCACGCCAACGCUGGUGUCGCUGCGUCUGCCCGAGUCCCACAGGGCAACAUCGUCAUCGGCUCCUCGCCGACUCUACGAAGUGCGAUACCGUCCGGUACGGGGUGAUGGCGAACGCCACCACGCUUGGCUGCGUUGGCCCGAGCGGUUUGCCGAGGGCCGCGCGAGUGCACAGAUCGCGCUGCUGCAGUCGGGCACACGCUACGAGUUUGUCCUCUGCCUGGGAGAGAACACAGUAUGGGCACCAGCCUGCGGUGUGCCGUAUACAUCAACUACUGGUGAACCAGGUGCUCCGUUGUGGUCGCCGCGGCCGUACAAUCCCGUUCUCAGCACGCCGUCUUCGCUAGUCCUGCGCACUCCACACCUGGCGGAUGACGGCGCUGGUGCUGGCAGUGACGCCGAUCAGUUUGAGGUGUUCGCCCGCUAUGCCAGCGACGUGGUCGGCGAGUUUGUCGUGUCUUGGUCUAGCUGGCAGCCAAUCGCUGCCAUCCAGGCUGGCAGGUAUUACCAAGCGGAGACCACAAUCAACAACCUAUCACCAGGCACGAGUGGUAUCACUCAACUGCGCUGUCGUCUAGUGAGACUGUCACGGGCAAGGGACAGCAGCACUGUCGUCACCAAUACCACUGAUGCAGAGAAGUGGUCUCUGCCCCUGCAUGUCAACCUGCCUGUUCUAGGCUCGCCACAGUGGCCUCCCGGUGCCUUUCCUAUUGAUGGCGUACGCGACGACUCCAUUCUGGUCAUUUUCCCACUCGCACUACCGAGGGGCGCCACUAACUACAAGAUCUUUUUCCGUCAGCAAACUCCGCUCUUAGUCUGGUUGCCUUGGACAUUUAUUCUCAUGGAUGAUAAGGACCUCACAACAAUAUGGCUGCGUAACUUGUCCCCAAACACCUGGUAUGAAGUGAAGUUACAGGCUGUCAACAACACGCACGCGUCUGCAUACAGUCCAGCCGUCAGUGUGCGCACUCUAGCAACAGGUGUUCCAUCACAGCCACCCAACCCUGUACUGCUACCGGUGAACCUAACGCAACUGCUCACGGUCGAGUUACCAUGGAAUUACUUUGCCCGGCGCAACCAGGAGGUCAGUUGCUUCAACGUCAUGUAUCGCUCCGUCCUGGGCCCGGGUAUCUAUGCGCCGUACUGGAUAGCCCGCGGCUGUGCUGGCGCGCCGCGUCUGGAUCUCGAGCGCGCUGAGCCGCUCUCCCGCUAUCAGGUGCUUCUUGUGGCGACAAACGACGCCGGAGAGUCGUCGCCGGGCAUGCCAAGCUUUGCAGCCACACCAGAUGCAUAUCCGCCGUUUCGGCCCAACGUUUCGUUCGCCGCCGGUCACGUGAGCACGUCCGUGGGCAUUCACCUGCCAGCACGCCCGGACGCUCCCGGCCUCCAUCCCGUACACGCCAUGGGCAUUAUGUACGAAGAGGCCGGAACAGGCCGGAUUCACCGAGGGCCAGUAGUUCAACUCGUUGGUCAGCCGGCCACCGUCAGAAUUGUCGGACUGCAACCCGACACUUCGUACCUGUUCUUCACGCAGGCCAUCGGAGCGGGUGGACUUUCUCCCCUGUCACCAAAGGCGGAAAUCAGAACAUUGGCAAUCGGGGAUGCGGUACAACCUCAGUCACCCACUCUGCUACACAGUCGCCGCGCAGACACUAUCCUGGUGGCCCUGCCCCUGCCACGAUCAGAAAAUCCCCUGCACCAGACAGAGUCUUACCAGGUUAGUUAUGCUCCUCUGAGCGCAGCAGGCGGCACACUGGUGGGCAAGUACGAAAGCCGCAUGCCGACCGCACAGUCCGGGAAAAUAUGGCUGCCACUGGACGAGCUGAAGGUCGGCACGACCUACGGGGUUCGCUUGAGGUCUAUCACACACCGCGGGCCGUCUGAGUGGAGUAUGCCAUCGACGAUCACCACAUUGCAGUCAGAUGAUCUACCGGCUGUCCGAUUGCCACGUAUUGUACAGGUCUCGUCCAGGAGUGCUGUCAUUGACUCACAAGCACUGGUGGAACACAGCGAAUUGUUCGGCAAGCCCAUAUCGGCCACUGUUGAAAUCGUUUCGGCAUCAGAGCUACACACUGGUGCUUGGCGUGCAUACACUUUCUCCAGCGCUAGUUCACGAUUUGUUCGACUUCCCAACCUCAUUCCGAGCACACAUUAUCUGACGAGGUGGAGGCUUUCCAGUGGGAAACAAACGUCCCCCUGGAGGAGAGGCAAACCCUUUGUUACGCCACCGUUGGCUCCAGGAACGCCGCAGCCUCCACGCAUUCUGAGGGAGUCGUUAUCGCCAACUACAGUCCAGGUAGUGCUGCCUGGCUCUGCUGCGCAAGCGGACACCAAUUACACAAUGGAAGUCUGUUUGUUGGAGACGUCCAGCAACCGGUGUGAAGUGUCCCCAGUGAUAAAAUCGGUUCAAUACCCCAACCGCGGGGUAACGUGGACUGGACUUCUGCCAGGCACGCGAUACUCUGUAGCACUUCAAGCUUCUAAUAUACACGGGAGCUCUUCUCCAAGCCGAACCACGUUUGAAACCUUGAGAGAAGGUGAGCCUGCUAUACCACUAGCUCCGAGCGUCGGCUUCAACGUCUCCAGCUAUAGCAUCCCGCUAGUCCUGCAAGCACGACACCCUCUGGCCGAACACAAGGACUUUGUAUCGGUGUCCCACUAUCGCGUGGCAUGUCAACGUCCCGGCGAACAGCAAUACUCCGUUGUGGAUGGGGCGGUGGCGUCCUCGGAUGGCUUGAUCCUGGACGGAGCGUACACGUACGAUGAAGACGGCAGCGUGCUCAGUGGCCAGUAUCGCUUCAAGCUACAGUCAGUCAGCAUUGACGGCAGAGUGUCCCGCUGGAGCGACGAAUUAUUGGCGGAACCUUUGCCCCAGGGGGUUCCGGUGGUUCCGCGUCGGCCGACCGUGCUGAGAAGGAACAGCACGCGGGUGAUGAUCCGCAGUGACUCAUUCUUUCAUGCGCUGCCUCAUCACGGGGUGAAAUACUUUAACAUCAGUGUGCAACACCUGGCCUCUGGUACCGCGGAUAUUCCUGCAUCAUCUACCCAGACUUCAUACCUCCAGAUUCCAUUUGGCCGUGUGGAUGUGCAUGUGGAUAUUCCAAGAGGCAUUGAGUAUAGAGUCUGCGCCAGUGCUGUUAAUCAUCACGGCUCAGCCUCAGCAUUUGGUCCCUGCUCUGGCCAAGGAACUGCUCCAUACGUGGUAAACAAGCACCUGAUCCAGCUUGUCCGCUACGCCACAGUGGAUCAGCGCAUUGCACUACCAUGCCCCAUGGAUGGGCUUCCCGCAGCUGAGAAACUCUGGUACACGAACUCCUCAGUCGUUGGCGUGGUCACCACCAGCACCAGCAGUGCUGCUGGGCAGAAUGGUGAUGGGCAGCGUUACCUGGUGUCCGUCGAUGCUGGGCAGAAUGGUGAUAGGCAGCGUUACCUGGUGUCCGUCGAUGGCACUGGAAACAAGCACGUGGCGGCCAGCGGGGAUUUGGUGAUCAGAAACGCGCGUUCGACGGACAGUGGCACGUACGUGUGUGAAGGUUCCAACAGGCAUGGUCGCGCUUCACUUUCUCUACAGCUGAUUGUGUUAAAUGCUACUGAAUGUGUGAAGAAUGGUCAGAAUGUGUCGGUCGGUGAGACACGCCGCUUUUUAUCCUCCUGGUCCAGCUGGCCAGCAAUGGACGUCGUGUUUCUUGUUGGCCAGUCUCAAUCACUAUCCAAUCACUACGAAUGGCUUUCCCGUCUGCCAGCCACCAUGAGUGAAUGGCUUCGGAACACCACUGCCAAUGAACUCUCCCUCGGCUUGCUUGAAACACUGGAUCGCUUUUCCUUGUUUGCUUUUGGUGCGAGUAAACCGAACUUUCCUUUUGGUCAAUGGGUACUAAUGCCUUCAGCCAGAACGUGGGGCACAAACAGGGAAUUUCGUUCUGCUGUUCGUUUGUUGAAAGGUGGACAUUCGUAUCAGGAUGGCUUCCACGCACUGCGCAUGGCACUACAGAGUGCGGAACUGCGCGGCGAUGCAGUGUGUCAUAUUGUUUUUGUCGCUGAUCAACCGCGCCAGCAACUCCAGCCUCCGGUGUCUGGACGGCAGCUUUCCGAGAGCGUGACGCGCUCUGGAUGCUCGCUUCACGUCCUUGGAGACGGACUAGAUGGAAUGUUACCUGGAGAGCGUGACCCGGCGGCUGUGCUUGGCAUCACGGCCGGUCAAGCGCUGUACCGACGUACCAGUAGUGGCAGGAACCACUUUGACAUUGUGCAAAGCGAUGCCAAGCCGCAUCGGCCACCAGGCUAUGCCAGCCUUGCGCUGGGCACGGCCAGUGGGUCCGUAUGGAAUCUAAACCAUCCCGGCAAUGCGGACCAGCUGGCAGCCGCACUGGCAUCUCACCUCACUUCUGUGACCAUAGCUCGGCUGUGUGAACGCUGUACGUGUCAGGUUUCGGGCAAGAUGGCUUGCACGCCGUGCACUACUGGAAACUGAUCAAGCUUGGCAUAUUAUGCCAAUGGAAACUGAUCAAGCUUGGCUUAUACCAAUGGAAACUGAUCAAGCUUGGCAAAUAUCAAAGGAAACUGAUCAAGGUUGGCAUAUACCAAUGGAAAGCUUGGCAUGUACUGCCUGUAGUUGUAGUCUUUCUCGGAAACUUCAAUAUCCCACUUUGCAGGAUUAUUCGGUUGAAAGCUGAUGACGUGCCAGUUGCCUUCACCGUAUAUAAUGCCAGUAGUCCAUUGCAGCUUGCUAUUUCACUCUUUGCUAUUUUUUGGUUACAUAACAGUAGAUAUCUUAUUGGACUCAACUGAUUUCUAUAUGCUGUCUGCCUGCCUUUGUUGUAUGAACUUUAGGAAAGCCUCUCCGGCAUGUUUAAUUAAGCUCGCAUAUUUUAAAGGCACAAUUAUAGAUCUACAGUAGCCGCUUUGAUUUUCUCAUUGAAGUCAAGCAGCCAAUGAUUAACGCCGUAUGCGAGAACACCUUGCUCUCCCACUAAAGUUGCUGCUGCUUUGCGCAUGCAUGCUGGCGAUGAAUUGGAGCAGUACUAACACAGUCCCCGUUACGAACUCCGGGGUAGCAGACACAGCGCUGAUGUGCAUAUGCACAGCACUAUGUAGCACAGAUCAUUCUGCCGGCCCAGACAAUCGGAGCAUCUUAAAACUGACUUGAGCAAAUCAUAGCCCCUCGCACAACUGCA